AAAAUCACAAAAACUCUGUCAUUGUCCAAAUACUUCCAGACCUGACUGUAUGUCAGCUGUUCAACAAGUUCAAGAGAUUCUCCUGAGCUAUCCAGAAAUCCUUCUACACUGCCAGUACAGAGUAUCCUCACUGGGAAUAUUGCCGCCUGGUAUGUAAACUGCAGUGCUGAGGACUGCGAAGGACUGCGAAGCCCUGCAGUGCAGUAUCAGAGCAGAAAAGAUUUUAAAGGAUUCCACACACUCCAACAAUGGACUGUUCCGAUGGCUGCCGUCUGGAAAAUGCCUCCGCAGUCACAUUAGCCAGUAGAGGCUAAAAGAGCUUCUUUCCCCAAGCCAUCAGGACCCUGAACUCAUGACCACCAAUUUCCUUUAGCUCCACUGCAUGCGACAUUACGAGCACACACACAAAAUACCUGAUCAUACAUGUCACAUAAGGCAUACAUAGCAACUUUUGCACAUGCACAGGUCACAAAAUUAAGAGAACAACUAUAGCAUGAUCACUUUGAUAACUUCAAAUAGUCUGAUUAGUUUAAGUUCCAAAUUUGUACAUUUGUAAGCAUACAUCAGGCAGACAAGUAGUAUUCAUUGUCAGUGAAGUGCACAAACAAUGUAUCAGUAAAUGAAGCUGCAGUACUUCCUCAUCAAGGCUGACAGGAAGUGGUUCAUCAUUCCUUCCACAUCUCCAGCCUCAGCUAGUUUUUUCAUUGUGGAAAGGAUGGGAUCCAUGUAUCAACUAGCAGUGACUCACUGAAGUUAACAAAUUUCGCCAUCACUUGCCUUUGAUGCCUGGGGAGAAAAUGGGGGGAAAAAAUUCCACAUUCAUAUUCAGGAAUUCCUCUUCACAACCAUCUAUUCUUCUCUGCAACUAUCCACAACUAUGAACAUCUGGUGAUGUUAUAUGCUUUAGUGAAUGCCCUGUCCAUGUGUGAAUUGUAGAAUGGGCCUAAAUAUACUGCAAUAAUGGAGCCCAGGUGAGAAGAUGAACAAUGAACCAUUGUUCAGGCCAAAAUAAAUCAAUUGUAACAAUUUCAUGCUUUAGAGAGAAUAUUAAAGAUGACACUACUUACUAUAUAAUGGUGAUUUUUACUGAUCUGUUAUUAGCCAAAAUGAUGAUAUGCCUGUGAAAAAGCGGAAGUGUGAGCUCAUGGUCUAUUUUGAUGCUCCAGGAAAUGUCUAUUACUUUAAAUGCUUCAACCCAGAGAAGAUCAUCUUUACUGAUAUCUACACACCCUUCGGAGUGUCUUGAGAAACUUGAGAAUGAUCUCUAAAAUACAAAGCUCAAUCUAAAAUUCUUAAACAUAAUGUUUCAGGAAUUACAGUUAUUUUAAUUCACUGGGAUUAAAAAGUGCUCAGGACAAAACAGCUUUACCAAACAAGUCUGACCUUCUGUUGCAUCUCUUGGACAAGGCAAGAUAAAAACAUGCAGUUUUUUUAUUUUGUUUUCACAAACCUUCUGACUUGUGUGCUGUGUUGGGUGUCUGAAAAAUGUUUGGUCUUUGAAGAUUACUUGGAUGUAAACAUAGUAGGUGAAUGUCCCAAAAGUAACCUAACAGGAUACUGCAGAGACGUCUCCAAUGUGGCACUUGAUCUUGCUGGAAUUCCAUCUCAAAUUGAAGUCCUCUGUUUGGACCUUGUGAAGGAUUCGAGUCUGCAUCCUUAUUCUCUCUCAAGGUUUCAGAAGCUCAUGAACUUACAAAUCAUAGGAUCCAUCUCUGCUGUCCUCCCUGGAGCUUUUAAAAAUCUUUUGAGUCUGCAAAGUCUGGAAAUUAACUGCUUACAAUCUUUAAAUUUCUCCCUUUUGUCUGAGAUUCUCAGUGACCUUAAGAAUGUCACAACUCUUUCAUUCAUCAACUGCCGGCUCUCAUCCAUGGCAAUAGACGUGUUCAAAGGACUCGUGAAGUUGGAAAAACUCGCAUUCAUAAACAGCAUAGAAGACUUUUCUGAGAUGUUGUGCAGAUUAACAUUUGUGUCAUCAUCAUUAAACUAUUUAUAUGUGGAUGCUGGCCAUUUAGUUAUUCUUAGACAGCCAAAUUGCACUUUUCCUAAUGGGACUUCUUUUGAUGUUGAAGAAUUCCUUGGAAUUGAAAAUGUCAGUCUUACUCUUGACAGGGUUAGAGUAAUGGAUAAAACAGUGUUGAAAUACUUCAAGAAAAUUUCUCUUUUAGCAAUAGAAUUUACUGCAUUUGAAGUUAUAAAAUCUGAAAUUACAAAAGUAGAUACUUUACUGAUAAAAUAUUUUGCUGAGAAGUUAAGCAGUAUUGAAGAAAUCUGUGACUCUGCACAUGAACAUUUGAUGACUGCAUUGAGUGUAACAUUCUCAUAUGUAACUGAUUCGUUCGUGCCCAAUUUAGAUAAAUGCAUGUGGCUUGAAAGCUUUGAUAUGACGGCAAUUAGUAGUCAAGAUAAAUCAAUUAAUUUAACAUUCAUCAACGUUUUGAGAAACCUUAUAACACUGACGAUUAAUUGGAGGCUUACCCCGGAGAGUAAUAAUAGAGAUAGGGCUUUGGCACUGUGUGAAAAUCAGGGUGAUCUUGUCACAAAACUCAAGACAGUGAAUCUUCAGACAAACAUUUUCAGAACUAUCAGCUACAGAUAUUUUAGUUGCCUACAAGAUCUUGAGGUACUGCAAUGGAUGUACAGUGACAUUGAACAUAUUGAAGAUUUUACGUUUAACAAUACAAAUUUGCUUAAAAUUCUGGACCUCAGUUCUAAUAAAAUAUCUCAACUUACAAAAUAUACCUUCUUCGGUUUAUCUAACCUAAAAACUCUCCUAAUUAAUGAAAAUAAGUUGCUUGUCAUUGAGGCAGUGACUUUAAUUCAUUUAACAUCUGUAGAGUUUGUAAGUUUGGGAGUUUUUCAGUAUCCCUCCUCUGAACCUUCAAAGAUCCAGAUCAACCUCAGCGUUCCUGAAAAUUUGACUAAGUUGUACAUCAGCUCUGGAAUAAAACCAAUGACCCUUAUUUUAAGCAACAGCAGGAAAUCUAAAGCGGGCCUCAGCCUCCAUGUUUGUGGCCAGUCUGUGACUUUUCAGGAUUGUGACAAUAACCUUUUCAAAUCUCUUGUCCAAUUAACUGCAGAGACAGAGCAGUUGCUUUGUGGUCAGUCUUUUCCUGGGCAAUUCCUCAAGUCUCUGAAGCACUUUAUUAUCAAAGCAAAUCACAAGACAGAACAAAUGAACUUGACAGAUUUGAACCAACUGGUCAACCUAAAGAGUCUGGUCCUUUUUAAUGUAGAUUUGUCUCAUCAGUCUGGUCUUGAUGUGAUUUUUCGCAACCUCUCCAAUCUGGAGUAUCUAUAUAUGUCCUUUUGCUCUGUACCUUUGUUGGAGAAAGACAUGAGCAGAGACCUGAAGUCACUAAAAGUGCUGUUUUUGCAUGUAGCUGAUGUGUUCAGUGUGAUGGAAAACUUUGUAGAGCCCCUGAAAAACCUUCGAUAUCUUAUCAUGAAACAAGCAGUUCUACACUGUAGCUGUGACAACGCUUGGAUUACCAAUUGGGCAAAGUAUCAACAGAGAGUUCAAGUGUAUUUCCAUGGGAGCUCACUUGAAAGGCUGCCAUGUAAAACUGCAGAGGGAACCAAGUUCCUGCAUAAGUAUGCACAAGACUACUGUUUUAUUGAUUUGGACUUUCUCCUUUUUGCCUCCACCUCGCUGGGACUGGUGUUCUUCAUGCUGGUAGUGCUGCUCCAUCAGCUGGCUGGAGAUUAUCUGCUGGCUUUCUUUCACAUAGCUCGUGCCUGGGUAGAGGAGGCCAUGAGGGCAAACAGAAAAGGACAUUACCACUACGAUGUUUUUGUGUCCUACUGCGGGAAGGAUGAGCGCUGGGUGGUGGAUGAACUUCUGCCCAACCUGGAGAAACGUGGACCCCCUUUCCUCAGGCUUUGCCUGCACAGCAGGGACUUUGAACUGGGAAAGGACAUUGUGGAGAACAUCACGGACAGCCUCUACAGAAGCCGACACACCCUCUGCCUGGUUAGCUGCAAUUACCUCCGGAGUAACUGGUGCUCUUUGGAGAUGCGUUUGGCAACUUAUAGAUUGCUGGCUGAACACAGGGACGUUCUCGUUCUGGUCUUCCUGGAGAAGGUUCCUCAUCAACUCUUAAAUGUACACCAUAGACUGUCCCGGCUGAUGAAAACCCGGACCUACAUAGACUGGCCACAAGACCCAGCCUUGCAUAAUGCAUUCUGGGAUAGACUAUGGACAAAGCUUACAUCUGAAACUGCAACCUAGAUUAAAAUUUAUUUUUUAGCAUAAGAUGUACUGUACUCAGUGUAUUAUAUUACAUUUUGUAACAUAUUUCCAAGAAAAAAUGGCAUAUUUAGGAAGGCAGGACUUUCAUUUUGUCCAUCAGGGCAGUCUAAAACAUACAUGGUCACAUUAUCCUGCAACUUACUGUACUAUCGGACUACUUACCUCCCACAACAAAUAAAAUUCUGCUCCUGGAGGAUGCAGAUGGAGGAAGAAGACAAAAUUUCAUCCCCAUAAUAAGGCCAUAUUUAUUUGCGCCUGUACAUCCAGCCAGUAAUGGAGGCAGUGACUCGAAUGCCAUGCCAUUUGUUAUCAACCUCCCAAGCAUCUGGAGAAACUCUGAGAGGAAGGGGAGAGAAACAUGACACAAAAUUAUUGCUUUUUUUGUUCCUGUCCAAAAUUCUACCCCAAAGUAAUAAGGAGGCUGUUCACAGGUUCUAUAUUAAAAGUGAAUGGUACAUACGAACCAUGCACAUUUUCAACCAAGAACAUGAGCAGCUAUCAUAGAAAACACUUUUCUUACUGGUUGUAGAAGUUGGUUGUAGAAAAUUAUUGUUUUUUUUUUUUUUUUUGGUUUUUUUAGGCCAUUUCUUAUGAACAUAGUACUUUUAUAAUGAAUGUGAACAUAUUCACAUUCUUUUGUUUUAUGAACAUGACUAGUUUGCAGCAUUAGUGGAAAGUAAGAGAGCAUAUCUUCACUAUGCUAUAUGAUUUUAAAUCUCAUUUUCAAAUCUUUACAUGAAUACUUCUGGCAAAUUAAAAUAGUAUUCCACUGUAUUACGAAAUAAAAGUAUUUUACUUCAGGACAUGUUUACUAAGGCACUUUUAGAGGCCAUGCCUGCAUGUGUGAUGUAUCUUACAGCAGAGAUGAUGAUGGUGAUGAUGAUUAUUAUUGUUGUUGUUUGUUAUUAUUAUUAGUGAUGAAUUCACUGUAUACAUUCCAUGUGUAAUAAAGACUUACAAUGCCUCAGUUGCUUCUCUGACUCACUCCUUCUUUACCUGGUCAAUGCCUUUCGUUGGACAGCCUCCUCUAGGUAGAUGUUAAAAGCUUAUUUUUCCAGAACCUUGUCCUAGACAUAUUUUGAAAGCUCCUUCUUCUUCAUGAUGCUGUUUGUCAGGUGCUCUAACAAAAUCGGGGUUCUUCCCAAAUCAGGUGUCUUUAUGCUGAAAUCACUGGACACUGUAAUUAGGUUCAAGGUUCAAGGUUCAAGGUUCUUUACACACAGGUUGACUCCAUUUAACUAAUUAUGUGACUCUUGGUGGCAACUGGUUACACCAGAACUAAUUUAGGUUUUUCACAGCAAUGGGAGCGAAUACUUAUGCAAUCACUACUUUUACAUUUUUCAGCUAUAAAUAAUUUUGCAAACUAUAUAGAUCCCCCACUCGCUAUAAUAUUAUUGGACUAAAUGGACUAUUUAGUGUAGAUGUAAUUCUAUUUAACUCUAUUUUGAUUCCAGGUUGUAACAUUACAAAAUGUGGAAAAGUUCAAGGGGGGUGAAUACCGAUGCAAGGUACAAUAAAGAAUUAAU